AUGUCUUUGUUAUCGCAACAGUUAAAGACUAUUGGCGAGAAAAAUGCAUCUUUGGCUGUUGAUAGAAAGUCAAGACAACAGAUCCACUCCAGAUCGUUGCUCUUCGAUGCCAAGACAGCUGCUGCUCAAGACUUUGACUACAUCUACCUGAUUGCAACUGAAGGUCUCGAUGAGCUCAUAGAACUUGAUCUGAGAUUCGAAAAGUUUUCUGCAACACUUUUCUCCGAGACGAGUAUUGACUUUGAUAGAAAUGUCAAGUCUAAGGACAUCCUUGAACAGGUUGACAGAAGCUUGGAGGCUUUCAUGAACUUGGCAAGUCCAUAUUACAAUCUCGCUCCUACCCUCAAAGCAAUGGAGUGGUUAGUGAGAAGAUACCAUGUUAACAUCCAUAACACUGAGCUCUUGUUCUUGUCAACCUUGUCAUACCACUCCCAGCCUGUCUUUACAAGAAUCAUGAAUGUGGUGCCUAAGGGAUCCAUGCCACCUAUUUUUACGUGGUUGUCAGGAUACAAGGAACAGUCAAAAUCAUUACCGGCAUCUUCUGUACUCAAGAGCUUCCAUAAUGAUCCCGCAUUUUUCAGAUUGUAUUCUGAGUACCUCAGAGAACAAUUAAGACAUAGAACUACCUACAAGGAACAGCUUGUUUUUUAUUUAUCUAACACUGCACAAGUGUUGGCUUCAUUCGGUCGUGAUACUAACAAGAUCAACAACGAUUACAUGACAACCAUUUUGGAGACAUUGAAUGAUCUCUUGGCUCCUCAAAAACAAGAAUUCAAGUUCUCUACUACCCUCAAAGAGGAUAUCAAAUUGACUGCUUACGCUAUUGUGUCUGUCUUGAGUUCGGUAGUACCAUUGAGUGAUGAAUUGGUGUAUUCCUUGACUCUGACUAUAUUGAAGGAUCCUUUUGCAUUUGCCAACCUCAAAAGACAAACGCUCGUGGUUUUGGGCCAGAUCUGGAACUAUUAUAACGAGGACGAUGUCCUGAAGGAAUCCAAUGUCUUUUCAGCUUUAUCUCAGGAGAACAUACUUAAGGAGGAAGCUUUGCUACUCACCUUGAUCGAAGAGAACUACCAUAUCUCAAAGUUGAUCUUUUUCUACGUCAUUGAUAAGUUGAACCACGGUGAAGACCAUGCUAUCAAGCUUUUGCAGUACAUCAAAGUUUCUGAUCACGAAUUGUUUUUCCCCAUUGUUGUUAAGAAACUCCUCGGUCACCUUUCCCAAAAUGAUGGUGUUUCUAAAGAAGGUAGAUCUGGUGCUAUCAUUGUUUUUGAACAGCUUCUCAAGUCCAACAAAACGAAGCUUGUGACGGAACUUAAGAAGCAUUCCAAGAAUCUCCAAGACUUAGAAGUUGUACUCAUGCAUACCAUGGGAGACAACGCCAAUGAUUCCUCCUACGAAGGGGACUACGAGGAUGCCUUGACUGAUUUCGAGCCAGUUCAGGCCAAGCCUACAGACAAGUUCACUGCAAAGGCGAAGAGUUAUUUCAACACAUCUUCUAACGCAGAGUUUAACAGAAUUGCAGAAGAUUUGCUUAAGGAGUUGAGUGAAUUCCCUCAAAAGAAGCAGCUUGCGUUCCUCAAGGCUGCAACGGAUAAUCUUUUUGCCAGCAAGGAAUUACUCGUCUCAUUCCUUUUGCGUUUAGCCUUCACAGCAUCCAUUCCAUUACCAUACCGCUUAUUAGCUCUUGGCUGCACUAAAAAUGCCCUUCAAGAAGCUAUCAAGUCAGAUGCGAACGUUAAUGUCUACUUGCUUACCCCAAUUAUUCUUCUUGGCUUGGGAGAUGUCAGUAAGCCCUUCAGGGAUAUCUGUAUCUCGAUUCUCCAAUUGGUCCGUGAUCAAAGUGACAAGAUUCUGGCCAAGGGUAAGAAAGCUAAAAGUGUCUUGUUCAUGGAGUCUGAUAUUUACGGCUCGAACGAAGAUGCGAGAAAGUCUCUCAUCUCCCCAUCGGAUGGUAAUGUUAUGUUGAACGUGUUGUUUGACGAAAAAGCCUCGCUUGACGAUGUGAGGUUUGACGCUUCACGUUUAUCGCAUCUCUUGUUUGAUGUCCUUUUUAAAAGCACAAAAACGGGAAAGAAAUUUGGCUCGCUUCUUCUCAAGAGCUUUGUAUAUGGCCAGUGGUCGUCUCCAUUGCCUCUUGCAUUUAAGCAUAGAGUCUGGCGAAUCAUCAGCUCACACAACAGGGAGACCAAGGGCUUUGAUGAUAGGUUCUCAUUUGUUGGGGAUGUUAAGGCUCUUUUUGACAAACGUGAUGCAUGGGCACAAGAUGCUAUUGCGGAGGGAUUGAGCUUCGCUGAAGAUAUUCAAAAGCCUAUUGCCGGUAUGGUCGGUGGCCAGACAGCUAAUGAAAAGAAGAAAGCCAAGGAGGUUGAGUGGUUUGUUAGAGCUUUGAACUCCGAUGACAAAUUGCAAUUGAUUGUGAAUGACAGAAUCAAGGAGCUCUUCCCAUUCCUCAAAUCUACCGACUUGAAGGUGCGCAUCAGCAAAGAGUUCAUCGAGCUUCUUGUAAAGGACAGUGAUUCUGUGUUGUACUUCGAUCCUCUUGAGUCAUUGCAAGGAUUUGAAUUCUCCAAUCAGGACAUGGUGGCAUUGUUGAACUCAGUGAACAUUGUUACUGAGGUUCCAGAACAGUCUGUUGCAAAGAGAAGAAGAAGAUCCUCUUCCUCUACGCAGAAGAAUAUGGCAAGAGAUGACAUCAAUAUCAUGGCUGCUGCCCAUUUGAGAAAGCUCUCUAUCAUCUUGGAUGUUCUCGAAACGCAAUUGAGAAAAACUAUCAGCACCUUAGCUGGGCCAGACUUGUUGCAGGUUUUGUUCAAAAUUUUGACCGACUUGGACUACUUGGGCAACGAUGGAAAACUCCCUGUGUUGUACGCCCAGGAAACCUUGGCUUCGUGUAUGUUGCUUUGCAUCGUCAGGAUGAAGGAGUCCCAGAGCAGAAGUAGGUCUCGCAUUGAUUCGAACUCAAUUAGAGCAGAUUUGGUCGUCAACUCCAUCAGACUCUCACAGUCUCCUCAAGUUCAGAACAGGUUACUUCUUGUUAUCGCUGAAUUGGCUUCUUUGGCUCCAGAAAUCAUCUUACACUCGGUGAUGCCUAUCUUUACAUUUAUGGGAGCACACACUGUCAGACAAGAUGAUGAAUUCUCAAGCUCUGCUUUGCAGAAGACCAUUUCCAAGGUUGUACCAGCCAUCACGGCCGCCUCUUCUUCUGUGUCUACUGAGAUUGAAUUUUUGCUCACGAGCUUUGUCACAGCAUUCCAGCAUAUUCCAAGACACCGCAGAGUUAAGCUCUUCGUAUACUUGGUUCAGACCUUGGGUCAUGAAAAUUCUUUGCAGAACAUCUUGUUCUUGAUCGGCCAGCAGUAUUCUGCCAACAAGGAGAAGAACAGAAUCCAUGAAUGCAACUCUCUGUUGGAUUUCAUCACUGCUUUGAUGAAGACUUUUGAUGCCGACGUGUGCUUAGAAAGCAUUAAUAGUUUCCUCGGAUUGUGGGACCAGAUUCCUAAGGAGCACGUUAGCCUGGACUCGGAUCAGUAUGCCUUUUUAUCUGGAAAGCCAAUUUUCGGGUCUACAAUUGCCAAUGCCACCGAUGCGGAGUUGGUAGCCCUCAAGACCAACUUGUUGCAUUUCAUUAAUCAGGUUCUCGGUACUGACGAGGAAUUGUCAGUCAGUGCCAACCUUGUUUCCUUGAGAAUGAAGGUUUCUUUGGUCCUUUUUGAUGACCAAACCCCAGAAGAUGAGAAGGCCUCUGUUCUUGAAGUUUUCAGAGAAGUUACUUCCUUUAUUUUUGGAUCCUUGGAUUCUUUCACCAAUUCCGGAAAACAUAGCACGAAGAUUGUUAACGAGUUAUACGAUGUGCUCAAGUCUCUACUUAACUUGCUCCCAAUGAGCUACUAUGUUUCUUCGAUUUCCGAAUCGUUGAAGAACGUCAACGAUCAGCUCUCAAUUACUAUUGCCAAAAACUUUGCAAUUCUUGCUGGCACUAAGUUCGAGAAUGAGAUGAACAAUAACUCUUUCGAUGAGACGAUAGAGACUACUGUCCUCGAAGACUUGUUGCCUAUCUUGGUCCAAGGAGUGGAAUCAUUUGAUAACGUUGAACUCGUACAAGCUUACUUGGACACCUUUUCGAUUAUUGUUUCCAAGCUUGCUGCUUCUUCACCAGAGCUCGCAUCCUCAGAUGUUGCCAAGCCAUUGAUUGGUACCUUGAAGAUCAUCACAUCCGAGCAUGGUUUGUUGAAUGAACACACCGAGAUCAUCGUUUCCUCAUUGAAUGCAGUUGCCAGCGUUGUGAAGGUAUUCGGAGUGAAGUGUAUUGGUUUCUUCCCCAAGAUAUUGCCACCAGCAUUGAAAAUCUGGGAGUCAACUGUCUCACAAUCAAAGGAUGCUCCAGAGAGCGAUGAAGAGAUUGAUGAUGAAGAGCAGGAGGGUAGAAUGUUGUUACAGGGAUCGAUCCUUAUGUUGUUCUCAGUUCUUGUCAAGAGAUUGCCUGCUUUCGUGGUUACCAACUUGAAGCAAAUCAUCAAGGCUACUUUGACCAGUGAUUUGAUUGACAGUGGUAUUCGUUCUAACGUCUUGGCUUUGAUCGUUGAACAUGUCGACAAGGGCCAAGUCUUGGAUUGUUUGUUCAACUUGGCGCUUACAGACGAUUUCUAUGCCAUCAACGACGCAAAGGAGCUUGGUUUGUACUUGAACGGUGUGAAGUCUUCGAUUGAUGUGAUUGAGAAGAAGACUGCCACAGCUAAUUCUUCCCUCUUCAUGAAGUGGUUGAUCAAAUCCUUUGAGUUCAGAAACGAGUACGGUGAGAGUAAAUUCAAUGACAACACUAUCCAUAGCAUUGAAAGCUCUUUCCACCAGUGUGCUAUCGUCUAUGUCAUGAAACUCAACGACAAGAGUUUCCGUCCAUUGUUUGCCAAUUUGGUGAGAUGGGCUGCAACUGGCGAAGGUUCUAUUAGUACCUCCAACACCGAGAUCACUAGACUUACUGCAUUCUUCAAAUUCUUCAACAAGUUGCAGGACAGAUUGAAGAGUAUCAUCACCUCCUAUUUCUCAUACAUGAUUGACCCUACCGUGGCUAUUUUGAAUAGGUUUGUGUCUGGUGACCUUAAGGAGACCAAUUUGAGAAGAAUCAUUUUGAAUUCGUUGGUUUCUUCCUUCAAGUACGACCAAGACGACUACUGGUCUCACCAACUGAGAUUUGAGACCAUUAUCAACCCUCUCUUGUCUCAGUUGAGCAACAUCGAAAAGCCUAUCGGCAAGUACCUCGUGAAGGCCAUCACAUCAUUUGUCACCAACGUUUCUUCUGAUGAAUACAACGAAAAACUUGUUCAUGGCUUGAUUCGCUACGUUUCUAACGAACACGAGAACUCGCUGAACACCAAGGUCUGGACCGUGAGAGUAUUGAAGGAGAUCUUCCAGAAGUUGGGCGAACAGUGGUUGCCAUUCUUACCAACCUUCAUUCCAUACAUUGCGGAAUUGUUAGAAGAUGACGACGAAGACGUUGAAUUAGAGGUGAGAAAGGACUUGGUGAGAGUUAUAGAGAACGUUCUUGGAGAACCAUUAGAGCGUUAUCUCAAUUAA